AGUCUGAAAUCAAAAAGAAACAUUUUAAUGUCAGAAUUAUUUGCAAUGAAGACAAUCAACACGCUCCUGAUCAUAUUCGUCCUGACCUGUUUAAUCUCUCUGUCAAAUCCUAUGGCAAUAGGAAAAGGUCAUCAAAAAGAACUAUCUUCCAGUACUUUUCUACGACAAUUUUCCAUUGAUGAUACCGAACAAAAACGAUUACUGCCAUGUGAAGACGUCGGAGACCCAUAUCACUGCUUUUAUUUAGCUGUGGUUGAAGAUAAUUGCGAUCAGCAUGGUGGUAACCUGUGUAGUUAUUCUUGCGGGCUGUGUUAA